GUCAGGAAUCCAGCUUGCUUUUAUAGUUGCAAAGAGCAGUGAAGACACUACAGAACACAACACAAACACAGAGAAAGAGAGUGAAUAAAUCCAGCAUUGUUCUGUUCUCUGCAACAUUCUCCACUCUCAACCAUGGCUUCAAAGCUUUUACUCAUCACUGUCUUCGUUUUUGAUUUGAUUGCUUUUGGACUUGCCGUGGCUGCUGAGCAGAGAAGAAGCACCGCUAGUGUUGUGACGGACAAUGAAAAGAAUUAUAAUUACUGUGUCUAUAACUCUGAUAUAGCAACUGGCUAUGGUGUUGGAGCAUUUUUGUUUCUCUUGGUUAGUCAAGUCCUGAUAAUGGUGGCAAGCCGAUGCUUCUGUUGCGGGAAGCCUCUUAACCCUGGAGGCUCAAGGGCCUGUGCAGUUGUUCUUUUCAUAAUCUGCUGGGUGUUUUUCAUCAUAGCUGAGGUGUGCUUGUUGGCUGGAUCAGUGGAAAAUGCCUAUCACACCAAGUACAGGACCAUCUUCGGGGAGAAUCCUCCAUCUUGCGAAACAGUUAGGAAGGGAGUCUUUGCUGCCGGUGCUGCUUUUGUUUUCUUCACUGCCAUAAUCUCUGAAUUCUACUAUAUCAACUACUCAAGGGCAAGGGAAAGCUUCCAACCUUAUGCCGGCGGCGAGACCGGUGUCGGUAUGGGAACCUACAAAUGAGCUUCUAGUUAAGAAUUUUACAGCAAACAUUUAGGUGUGACUAUAUCUGGAGUCUGGAUUCUGCAGCACAUUUCCUUGAUUUUAGUGCAUUUAUUGUAUUUACUGUCUAGCUACUUUACAAGAAUGGUAUACGUUGUAUUUUAGUAAUUUUUUGUUGUUGUUACCUAUUGUCGUAUGUUAUGGGUGACUGAUUCAUUGCCUCUUUACAUUUUUGAAGUUCUUUGUCAUGUAUACAUUUAUCAACAAGAGAAAUAAUUUCUUGCAUUCUCUGAACA